AUGGCCGAUAAUGUCUUAGACUCGGGUCCGCCUUCAGCAAAGAGGCCAAAGCUGUCUUCUCCAGCCCUGUCGCUGUCGGCCAGUGAUGGAAAUGAUUUUGGCUCACUCUUUGACCUGGAGCAUGACCUCCCAGAUGAGUUGAUCAACUCCUCAGAUCUGGGAAUUUCAAAUGGGGGCAAUUCCAUCCAGCUUCAUAACAGUCUUGGGGGACAUGGUGCAGGACUCGGCCUUGUUGGAAGCCAGGAGACUGUUUCCAAACACAAACAACUCUCUGAACUGCUACGGACUGGGGCAUCAUCAUCGCAGAGUGGUCCUGCAUCUAACAGUAUAGGACCAGGUGCCCCCAUGGGUAUGAUGGGAGGAGUAGGUGUCUCCCCAGUUGGACAUCAAGCCCAGCAACAGUCAGGACUAAUGCAGCAGGUUAAUGUGGCUGGUGGUAUGGCAGUUCAUAAUAGAGGUGCUAUGAUGGGAACACAAAAGGUCAACACUGGACAACAGCAAGGACUGAUGGGGGGACAUAUGAUGAAUGGCUCACAGAGGAUGAACUAUAUGGGUACCGCUGGCUUGGGUGGUAGUAAUAGUAACCUGCUAGCGGAAACCCUUCAACCACAGCACGGAGGACAGCAAAUGGGCAUGUCUCAACUAGGAAUGAGACCACAGCAACCUGAUGCACUGAAAAAGAUGAAUAUGAUGGCCAACGCGGGACCCUAUGGUGGACCAUACACCCAGUCAGCGAGCCAAGGCCUGGCUGGAGCAGGACUGUGUUCACAGCUUCAGGCCAAGGCAGGGAUGCCCAACAAUAUGCCUGCACCGGGAGCUGGCAUACCUGGGAUGGGCUCCCAUCAGCAGUCUGCUGCAGUUGGAGGUGUCUCAGCUGGUGCACUGCCUGUUGGCCUCGGCACAGGAGGAACCGGCUCUGGUGCUGCCCCCACGGCAGACCCUGAAAAACGAAAGCUAAUACAACAGCAACUGGUCCUUUUACUUCAUGCACACAAGUGCCAAAGAAGAGAACAAGCCAAUGGGGAAGUUCGGCAUUGCAACUUGCCUCACUGUCGCACCAUGAAGAACGUGUUGAACCACAUGACCCAUUGCCAGGCGGGCAAGUCUUGCCAGGUGGCCCACUGUGCCUCAUCCAGACAGAUCAUUUCUCACUGGAAGAAUUGCACUCGACAUGACUGUCCUGUGUGCCUGCCAUUGAAAAAUGCUGGAGAUAAGCGGAGUCAGCAGGCUGCCCUCAGUAGUGCUGGGAUGAGCUUGGUAAACUCCUUAGGCACAGGCAUCCAAAGUGGACAGGCCAACUCUUCAAAUGUUAGUCCUGCAAGCCAAAUAGACCCCAGUUCUAUAGAGCGAGCCUACGCUGCUCUUGGUCUUCCGUACCAGGGCAAUCAGAUGCCACAACAAAUGACACAAACCAAUGUGCCAAACCAGGGGCCGCUGAGCCAGCCUGGAAUAAGACCUCUGAAUUCUAUGGGAGGAAACUCUGUUGGGGUGAACGGUGGUGGAGUCCAACAAUCCAGUCAGGGCAGUGUCCUUCCAAACAUGUUACAAAAUGGCAUGAUUUCACCAAGUUUAAUGAGCAAUGGAGUUGGAAACCUAGGUUCAAUGCCAACGGCAGCUAAUCCAUUGCCAAACAGUAUAAGAAAGCCCUGGCAUGAAGACAUCACACAAGACCUUCGCAAUCAUCUUGUUCAUAAGCUCGUGCAAGCCAUAUUCCCUACCCCUGACCCUGCAGCAUUGAAGGACCGUAGGAUGGAAAACUUAGUAGCUUAUGCUCGUAAAGUAGAAGGAGAUAUGUACGAGUCUGCGAAUACAAGGGCUGAGUACUAUCACUUUCUGGCAGAGAAGAUUUACAAGAUUCAAAAAGAACUCGAGGAAAAGAGAAGAACAAGACUUCAGAAACAAAGCAUGAUGCCCGGUCAGCAAGGGAUGCCUCAAGGGCCGCCCACCCUGGGCCAGCCCCCGAUGCCACUGGGGCCGUCUCCAAAUGGCCCUCAUGCUGAUCCAUCUAUGGUCAGAGCACCUGGACCCAAUCAAAUUAGUAAUAGAAUGCAAAACCCAGCAGCAAUGAACCAAUUUGGGCAAAUGGGGAUGCAAACAAUGGGCCCAAGGUCUACUGCUCAUAAUCCAGCAAUUAAUCAGAUGGGAAUGGCGCAAAUGAGGAUGCGUCAGCCCAAUGCCACGCAGUUACAAAACCAGUACCUCUCUUCGCCUCAGUUCCCUGGGUCAAGUCCAGGCCUUUGUUCUGGUGAUGCUGGAUUGAACCAGUCUGGGGUUCAAAUGCCAAUGCAAAACCAAAUGUCAACCACGCCUAUACCAACCGCCAGCAGUCCUGUAGCGCAACCUGCUCCCUCUGGCCUGAUGUCGUCUGCUGGUGUCAACAGUACUGUGCCUAUCUCCAACCUUCCUCCAUUGUCAAACCCUCACUGUGCAGCUAUGCCCUCAAACUCGCCCUCGCCUGUACAAAGUCUUACUCCUCAGCCUCAUGAAAGUCCUCCAAUGUUGCCUGGCCCUCAAACACCCACACAUCUCUCCCCAACCACGCCUCAGAUGCCUCAAACGCCGCAGCUGCAACAAGUGUCACAGCCUUUGUCAGAACAGGGUGGCGAUGCUGACCAAACUCUGCCAGAGUCACUCGGAGAUAUGACGCCUCCAACACCAAGCCUUCAGGAAAGUCAGGCCACUGCACCACUUACAGAGAACGCUCCCUUGUCUUUACAGCCCCCAAAGACUCCCCUUUCACCCGCUGCAGCACAUGCCACAGUGGAUGAAGAAUCCUCACCAGCUUUAGACAUCAAAACCGAAUCCAACUCCACCCCUUCUACCACAGACGAUCAAGCACCCAACCAGGAAGAUGUUAAAGAGGAAGUUGUCACAAAGGAAGAUGUAGACAAUAAAGGCGCUCAAACAGAAGAGGACAGAAUGGACAUAGGCAAAGGACAGCCUGAUUUUAAGUUGGAAGAGAAGCCAGAUAUGAAGAAAGAGAAGCCAUCUGGCAAAGAAUGUAAAGACGAGUCGAUGGAAGUUUCUUCAUCAGAGCCUUCUACGGCAGGAGAAAUUGAGGACAAAAAGCCGGAGAUCAAGAAGGAACCAAAACAGGAAGAGGAGUGUUCGGGGUCUAUUGCUAACAGUAGCUCCCCAGCUGGCACACAAAGCAAAAAGAAAGUUUUUAAGCCAGAAGAGUUGCGUCAAACUUUGAUGCCCACUCUUGAGGCUCUGUACCGGCAGGACCCAGAGUCCCUUCCCUUCCGUCAGCCGGUGGACCCCCAGUUACUGGGAAUACCCGACUACUUUGACAUAGUGAAGAACCCUAUGGACUUGUCAACUAUCAAGCGAAAGCUGGAUACUGGACAAUACGAAGAGCCGUGGCAGUAUGUUGACGAUAUCUGGUUGAUGUUCAAUAAUGCUUGGCUUUACAACCGCAAGACGUCCCGUGUUUACAAGUACUGCUCCAAACUCGCCGAGGUGUUUGAGAUGGAGAUCGAUCCUGUCAUGCAGGGUCUUGGAUACUGUUGUGGAAGGAAGUAUGAAUUUUCCCCCCAAACCUUAUGCUGCUAUGGAAAGCAAUUAUGCACCAUUCAACGUGACGCUACUUACUUUAGUUACCAGAACAGGUACCACUUCUGUGAGAAGUGUUUCAGCGAAAUCCAAGGCGAGAGCGUUUCCCUGGGGGACGAUCCCUCUCAUCCGCAGACAUCUAUAAACAAAGAGCAGUUUCAACGCAAGAAGAAUGACACACUCGACCCAGAGUUGUUUGUAGAAUGUUUAGAUUGUGGUCGGAAAAUGCACCAGAUUUGUGUCUUGCACAACGAAACCAUUUGGCCAACAGGUUUUGUUUGCGAUGACUGCCUUAAAAAAGCUAAUAAGACACGGAAAGAAAAUAAAUAUGCAGCUAAAAGACUCCCUCAGACUAAAUUGGGGAACUUUUUAGAGACUAAAGUGAACGACUACCUCAAAAGACAAGGCCACUUUGAAUGCGGAGAAGUCACCAUUCGUGUGGUGCACAUUUCUGACAAAUUUGUGGAGGUCAAACCUGGCAUGAAGUCUCGGUUUGUUGAUAGUGGAGAAAUGUCAGAGUCGUUUCCCUACCGAACAAAGGCUUUGUUCGCCUUUGAGGAAAUUGAUGGCGCAGAGGUGUGCUUCUUUGGCAUGCACGUGCAGGAGUAUGGGUCAGACUGUCCUCCUCCAAAUCAAAGAAGGGUUUACAUCUCCUAUCUGGACAGCGUGCACUUCUUUAAACCUCGUCACCUCAGGACUGCUGUUUACUAUGAGAUCCUUAUCGGCUACCUGGAGUAUGUCAAGAGAUUGGGGUAUACAACGGGGCAUAUUUGGGCUUGUCCUCCCAGUGAAGGGGACGAUUACAUCUUUCACUGUCACCCAGCUGACCAGAAGAUCCCCAAGCCAAAACGCCUCCAGGAGUGGUACAAGAAGAUGCUGGACAAGGCUGUUGCAGAACGAAUUGUUCAUGAUUACAAGGAUAUCUUCAAGCAGGCGACAGAAGAUCGACUGACAAGUGCCAAGGAGUUGCCAUACUUUGAAGGGGAUUUCUGGCCUAAUGUUCUCGAGGAAAGUAUCAAAGAGCUGGAGCAAGAAGAGGAAGAGCGAAAAAGGGAAGAAAAUUGUACCUCAAAUGAGACCACUGAUUCUACAAUUGGGGACAGUAAAAAUGCCAAAAAGAAAAACAAUAAAAAGACAAGUAAGAAUAAAAGCAGUCUGAGUCGAACGAACAAGAAGAAGGCGGGAUUACCGAAUGUUUCCAAUGACCUUUCACAGAAACUUUAUGCCACUAUGGAGAAACACAAAGAGGUAUUUUUUGUCAUUCGUCUAAUUGCUGGACCUACUGCCAAUUCAUUGCCACCCAUCACCGACCCGGACUCCCUCAUGCCUUGUGACUUGAUGGAUGGCCGUGAUGCUUUUCUCACUUUGGCCCGGGACAAGCACCUGGAGUAUAGCUCUCUUCGAAGAUCCAAGUGGAGUUCCAUGUGCAUGUCAGUGGAGCUGCACAACCAGAGUCAGGACCGCUUUGUAUACACCUGCAACGAAUGCAAACACCAUGUGGAGACACGAUUCCACUGCACUGUCUGCGAGGAUUAUGACCUGUGCAUCAACUGUUACCAUACUAAAGGCCAUGAGCACAAGAUGGACAAACUGGGGCUUGGGCUGGAUGAUGACAGUAACAACCAGGCAGCUGCCACCACCCAAAAUCCUGGAGACUCACGCCGCCUCAGCAUCCAGCGCUGCAUCCAGUCACUGGUCCAUGCCUGCCAAUGUCGAAAUGCCAACUGUUCUCUGCCGUCGUGUCAGAAGAUGAAGCGGGUUGUUCAGCACACAAAAGGAUGCAAGCGAAAAACCAAUGGGGGUUGUCCUAUAUGCAAGCAACUCAUUGCUCUUUGCUGUUACCAUGCCAAACAUUGUCAAGAGAAUAAAUGUCCUGUCCCAUUUUGCUUAAACAUCAAACAAAAGCUUCGGCAACAACAGUUGCAGCACAGACUGCAGCAGGCACAGAUGCUCAGGAGGCGGAUGGCCAGUAUGCAGCGAGUGGGUCAGCCCACUGGAGGACCGCCUGGUGCUCCUUUAGGUCUCCCAUCACCAGGAAACAAUAGCACAGCCCCCAGCACCCCGACGUCUGGAGGCACUCAGCCUCCCACUCCUCAGACACCCACACACCACAUGCAACAGGGUCCACCACAGCCUAUGGGCUCAGGAUCUGGAAUUCAACAGCCGGGGACGCUGGCCCCUCAGGGCGGAAUGGGACCACAGCACCAUGUGCAACAUCAGUUCCCUCAGAUGAGUGGUGGGCCUGGGCCUGGGAGCAUCAUGAACUCCCCUCAGCAUCAGCAGAUGCUUACUCAGCACCAAAAUGGGACAAUGAACUCUCCCCAGCAUCAGCUCAAUACUUCAUAUGCUGGCCGACCUCUUGGCUCUUCUCCCGUCCAUCAUUCCCAAGGGAAACCAGGCCAUGGCUCUGCCACACCACCCCAACAGAAGCAGCCAGGAGGAGCCAUGACGGCUGGUAUUGGUCAGUCACAGAAUCCCCCCGUCAUGCAGCCACAGCCUCCCCCAGGACCACCACAAGCUGCAGUAGAGAUUGCUAUGAAAAUCCAGCAAGUAGCAGAUGCUCAAAGAAAAAUGGCUUUGCAGAGACAAACAGCCCCAAGCAUGAUGUCCUCGCAUGGACACCACCAACAAGCGCAGAGCCAAAUGAACAUUGGAAAUGCCUCCGGAGCAGGAAUGGUUGGACCUCAGGCCGUUUCUUCUCCAAACCCGGCAGCAGUGGCAGCCCGAGCACACAUGGAUCCACAGAGGGCUCAAGCAGGCAUGGUUGUAGGGCAGAUUCAGCAGCACUUUCAGCAAAGUAACAUGCCCACUCAGCUACAGCAGCAAAGAAUGACGACGCCACUUCAAAACCCUCCCCCACAGCAAUGGGCAGGACAAGGUAUGCCCUCCCAAAGGCCAAUGAUGAAUCAGUUGGGUCAUCCUGGUAUGAUCGCUGCCCAACAGCAGCCAAUGCAGCAGCAGUCAUUAGUGCAGCAACCUCCUAUGAACAUGGCCUCACCACAACAAGGCCCUGGAGUAGCUGUCCCCGGAGCGCCUGGAGGAAAUAUUCCACAGGGUGCCCUACAGGACUUGCUCCGAACACUACGUUCCCCGAGCUCUCCCCUCCAGCAGCAGCAGGUUCUGAACAUUCUUCGAUCCAACCCUCAGCUCAUGGCUGCCUUUAUCAAGCAAAGAGCAUCGAAAUACAAAGGAGGCCCAGGAGGUCUGCCAGGCGUCCCAAACCAACCAGGGGGUCCAGGGGUCAACGGCAUGACUGCAGGUGGUCCACAGGUGGCCAAUCUCAACCAUCCUCAGUUCAGAGAGAUGCUCUUGAGGCGACAGUUACUGCAGCAGCAGCAGCAGCAGCAGCAGCAGCAGCAGCAGCAGCAGCAGCAACAGCAACAGCAGCAGCAACAGCAACAACAGCAGCAGCAACAGAUGGGGAUGAACCACAGUCGAUUUCAGCAGCCUCCACAAACGCCCGGCUACAUGGGUCAAGCCCCAGCAGGCAUGCAGCAGUCUUCUGGACCCUCUGCUCAGGCCCAAAGUUACCAAAACCCCUCUCAACAACAGGCAACAGCAGCUCUGCAGCAGAGGCUCCAGCACCAGCUGCAGAUGCAACAGCAGAGCAGCAUGAGUGAUGGGGGGCCGAUGGGUGUCCCUCAGCAGUCGCAGGGCCCACAGCCUCCGCAGGGUGGACCACCACCAUCCCAGACUCUGCUCCAACAAGCUCUUCAUCAGCGCCUUCUCCAACAGCAGCAGACCCUUGGCCCCGGUGGGUCUCCGGCUCCAAACACUGGUCCCAUGAGUCCUCAACAGCCAUCUCCACAUCCUCAUCUGCAGGGAGCAGCAAUGUCUGCGUCUCUGGCUAACCAAGUCCGCUCCCCGCAGCCUUCUCCCAGGCCUCAUUCACAGCCUCCACACUCCAGCCCGUCCCCACGCCUGCAGCCCCAACCUUCUCCUCAUCAUAUCUCUCCUCAGGUACAGACAGGGUCCCCACACCCCUCCCACCUGAACCAUCACCCUGGGAUGGGCCCCCCUCAGCACCAGCCAGCAAACCAGCAUCCACAGAACUCAAUGGAUCAGUUUGGGACGGACCAGAACGCUAUGUUGUCCCAGCUUAAUAGUAUGGCUGGCCUUCAUGGGGCAGGGGCCACUGCUCAGGACCCCUUGGGCCAGAACCUUAACCACAACCCUUUAGACAUCAUGUAG